AAACAUCUCAUCUUAGAACUCGCAAUGACAAUUUCCUGUGCGUGGUUCAGGCUAAGCAUGGUGCACAGGCUAGGAAAAGUCAGCUGCCAAAUACUUGCCAUGCGGCGACUCAUCAGCAUGCAAUUUUAUUAUUGGAACCCCUGACCCAUGCCCUUUUAUAAGUGCUGUUGGCCCUGUCCAGGUCCUGGCUUCUUUGUCUUCUACACAAGUUCCCUUUCAUGGUUCGUUUGUCUCGCGUUCUCGCGGGCCUCGUCCUCAGCGUCCCAUCAUCACUGUCUGCUGAAGUAGGCAAACGCUCGCCUGCACCACACCAUACGCACCACAAGAGGUCUGGUCCGUCCUCAGAGCAACGUGUCAGGCUUUUCGUACUCAUCCAAGGUGCCGACUCUGGUGGAGCCUCAACGAAGGGUAGAUCCCAUUCGGCGGGCGCAGCCAAGCUAAGCGAACAGCCGCCAGCCAAGAAGGCUAGCCUGCCAACCAAUCCUACUAGCCUCUCUCCUCAGCCCACACCGUCAGUCAAGUCCAAUGUGGGUCUGCCGGCAGAGGAGCAUGCUCUGCAACGCAACUCGGUCACAAAGCCGGCCCUGAAGGGCAAACAUGGCAAUGCUCCUUUGCAACGCAACUCGGUCACAAACCCGGACCCGAAGAACAAAAAUGGCAAUGGCUCUCCCAAGUCAGGCUCUGGCUCUCACGGCUCUGGCUCUCACGGCUCUGGCUCUGGCUCUGGCUCUGGCUCUGGCUCUCGCGGCUCUGGCACUGGCUCUCACUCUGGUUCUCCCUCUGGCACUCACUCUGGUUCUACCUCUGGCACUCCCUCUGGCACUCGCGGUCUCCCUCCCAAAACCUCGUCACCCACAACUUGCAACGCAUCAAAGAAGAAGAACGGUCCCAUCGAUUUUGAAGGUGGUGCCGGUGAUUAUUCCGAUGGCUGUCUCCCAGACAACAUUGUCAAGGACGCCCAUACCUACGUUGGUGAUCCAAAUGAUCCACUCUAUCCUAUGACGAAAUUCAAUCACAAACUGACGGAUAAAGAUACCCAUAAAAUGUUCCCAUCAACGCCUUACCCAGACGACUUUGGUCCCGAACCUCCACUACCGAAGGAUGGUCCAAACUGUUUCAAGAGCGACCUUCUCAACCGGCCAUACAAGAAUGAGAAGAAUCGGUGUGUUGCCAACAAAUACUCAGACUUGGCCGGGUGUCUUGAUUCUAGCAAAGGCUACAAACUCAUCAUCCUCGAGAAUCUUACAGUUCCUCCAAAGACGACACUCACGAUGAAUCUGAAGGAACAAACUGUCUGGAUACGAGGCAACGUCACCUUCCUGAAGGAAAGCGGCAUCGAUUUCAAGGCUGGAAAACGGUCGACAUGGGGAAGAGGUAGCGGGGAACGCCUCAUGAAGGUCUCAGGCUCAGACUUUCGCAUCACAGGUGAGGCAGAAAAGGGUCAGCCCUUCGGUGCCUUUGUGGCUCAGGGUGAAUAUUACUGGGACGGGAUGGGAUCCGACUCGAAUGCAAUAAUGCAGAAGCCAAAGUUCUUCAAUUUGGUCUCAGUACACAACGUGUAUCUUGAUCACGUCUCUUUCAUCAAUUCCCCCGUUCAAUUCAUGGCUAUCGACACAGCCUCCAAUGUGCACAUACAGGAGGUCCGUUUUGAUGACAGGACGGGCGAUGGCAACACCAAAUUCAGGGCGGCUCGCAACACUGACUGCAUCGAUAUCAGCAAAUCGCACGACCUAACCUUGAAUCGAUUAGUGUGCUGGGGUCAGGACGACAUGGUCGCGGCACACAGUGUGCAGAACAUUUGCGUUACCAACUCCUUUGCCAUCGGCACUCAUGGUAUCUCCGCCGGCAGCCUUCAGCAUAGCGAGGAAGUGAUCAAUUUCUAUGUGGCAAACAAUCUCCUCAUCCAGCCGAUGUUUGCUUUUCGAAUCAAGUUUACCGCCACUGCUAACGGCGUGGUCAAAGGGUUCAACAUCCGGAACAACCAUGUCGUGGGUGCAACGAACGCCAUCCUUGCGGUGUUCCAGGAUUACCAAAAUGGUAAACCAGGUGGCAAACUCGGGCAAGCUUCCAGGAUUACCGACCUCUCACUCGUCGGCAAUAAGGGUGAUGGCUUCGUUAUUGCUCGGUUGCAUACGAAUAACAAAGUGAGUCUCGGGCAAGUCAAAGACAACCAGUUGCAAGGAGGAGUGGUCGAAGGGAAUCAUGCUGGGUUGAAUAAACUGCUCCUGGGGGGUUGAUGCUUCUGUUGCUAUCGACGUUCCACUAGCCGGUCUAGCGAACGUCUCACUUCCUCUCCCAGUUCAUCCUUCAUUCAUUGUCCUCGGUAAAGCGCAGCUUAUUCCGUAGCUUACACGUUUCCUUUCUUUCCACCCGUUGAUUCAUUGCUGACAGGUGCAUCUAUGUGAUAUGCAAG